AUGUCAAAACAAAUCUGUCUACAAGAGUUCGACGACACAUUCACCUUGUCUUACUCCGAGAAAACCAAGGGACCCGAGAAUCCAGAAUUCUUCAUUCCCUUCACGCUUGACAUCAUCAUCAAUGGUCAUAAGCUCGAUAGCUCCAAUCACUGCCUGGAGAGAAUUCUGGCAGCAUUAUUGAAAUCAUCAUUUUGGAAACAAAUCUUCUUCGAGAUUGAUACCCUGGCCACGAGCAAUAGCUCGGUAUCUCUCCACCUUAAGUGCAACCUUUUCAGUGACAUCUUGGGCGAUUUCAAGCAUGCCAACAAUGUAGCAAGCAUCGAAUGCCUUCAUCUUGUCUACAGAUACGACACGCCUUGCCCGCUGGUGUAUUACAGUUGUUUGUUCAACAACCUCCAGUAUUCACUCACGUCAUUGAUGCUACACUUGGAAGCUGAGUACCCGUUUGCCUUCUCAUUCUACGGGAAACACCUUUUCGAAAUCAACUAUCAUUCCUUACUACGCAUCUUUACCGAGCUAAGUACGCCUCUUCAGGGGCCCGGAGAACCGGAUCGGGCUGAGAUACUACGAAUGGUACUUGAGAAGCUCCGUUACUUCAUGCUCACAAAGUACAACACUGUGGAGUUGAUGAAAGAAUGUGCCAAAAGCUCUUAUCGUUUACAGCAAUGCCGCAAUUCUAUCAAGCGGCCGCGAGAGCUUGAAGAUAAGCGGUUACUCCGGAAUAUUGCCUUGGUGUACAGGGUUCUUCACGAUCCGAUUCAGAAAAGCGAAUGA